AGAAUUAGGGUGGAGAGCAGAGCAGCACAGGCAGAGAGGGGAGGUCUCUGGGCAGGAGCUCAGCAGUCUGCGAGUGGCCACCUGCCCGCCUGGAUCUCCGCGCUCCUCCGUCUCCCCCUGCUUCUCCCGCUCCGGCUGUCGGAACCCCUCACCCAGCUCAGCCUAACCCAGGACCACCUUGCCACCUGUCGCUCCUGCCGGGCGCAGCGCACUGCCUUCAAGAUUUCCUUCCUUUCGGAUCUGGAGCUGGAGGAGGGAGGAGACGAGCUGGACAUGGGGAGUGGAGCAAGCGCAGAAGACAAGGAGCUGGCCAAGAGGUCCAAGGAGCUGGAGAAGAAGCUGCAGGAGGACGCGGACAAGGAGUCCAAGACCGUGAAGCUACUGCUGCUGGGGGCAGGAGAGUCCGGGAAGAGCACGAUCGUCAAGCAGAUGAAGAUUAUCCAUCAAGAUGGCUACUCAGAACAGGAGUGUCUGGAAUUCAGAGCCAUCAUCUACGGCAAUAUCCUGCAGUCCAUCGUGGCCAUCAUCAGGGCCAUGAGCACCCUGGGGAUUGACUAUGAUUACCUAAAACAAAGUCACAGUGAAGCUAGAAAGAGCAGUAGCAGAAGAAACAGGCCUGUAAAACACCCUCUGUCUUGCAGCUACCUCAACGAGCUUGACAGAAUCACGGCCCCCAACUACCUGCCCAAUGAGCAGGAUGUGCUGCGGUCGCGAGUCAAGACCACGGGCAUCAUCGAGGAGCAGUUCUCCUUCAAGGACGUGCACUUCAGGAGUCGUGAGCGCCCUAGCUUACUGGAAUCUUGCCUCACCAUCACUUCCGUGUUCCCCCUCCAGAACCGGAUGCAUGAGAGCCUCCACCUCUUCAACAGCAUCUGCAACCACAAGUUCUUCGCUGCCACCUCCAUCGUGCUCUUCCUCAACAAGAAAGACCUCUUCCUGGAGAAAGUCAAGAAGGUGCACCUGAGCAUCUGCUUCCCGGAUUACGAUGGGCCCAACACAUUCGAGGAUGCUGGCAAUUACAUCAAGAACCAGUUCCUGGAUCUGAACAUGAGAAAAGAUGUCAAAGAAAUCUACUCACACAUGACGUGCGCCACGGACACGCAGAACGUCAAAUUUGUGUUCGACGCUGUCACAGACAUCAUCAUCAAAGAAAACCUGAAAGACUGUGGUCUCUUCUAACCAGCCUGAUAAAACAGAAAGCCCCCUUUCUUCUCUUUUCCUGCACCUGAUCAAUCAACUCUUGCUUCACGAGGCGUCGCACUGUGUGAGGAGCGCAGACAGCACAGGCCCUGUGGCAGCCUGACUGCAGAGCAGCCGUUUCCGUAGCACAGAUUCAACUACAGAUGACCCUUCCAGCCACCACAAUUUCUCCAUGGGGAACGCCCUAAAGGAAACGCCACACUCUGCAGCACAGCAAACUCCCUCUAAUAAUAACAUAACCCCAAAAAAUACAAUGUUUCCAGUCUCCAGGGAACAUACAGUAGCUGAAAAAAAUGGGCAAGGUAAUUCUUAUUAAAGAGUGGAAGAUAUCUGACGUGGUCUUAAGAAAUGUGCAAAGAUGAUUUUACCCAAUUAAAAACCUAAACGAACAUCUAUAUUACAUGAGGUUGAAAGAAAUACCAUUUUAUAGUAAUCUUUUGCUGAAUUUUUAAUUAGUCUUUAGUGUCUUGGCUUCUAUUUCUAAAUGCAAAAAAGUCAUAUCACAGAUAAUCCAGCUUAUUUGCCAUACCCAAAAAGAACCCCUAAACAGAUUGCUUUCACCUUUACAAUAUAUUUAAAUAAGCUUACAUCAGCAUGAAAUAUAGUCAUGCAUUUGCCCAGAAGCAAACACUAGAGAGGUAUUUUGUAAAUAUUUUAAAAAGUAGAGCUGUAAUCUUGACAAAAACAUUCUAAAUGUGAAAUAUUAGAUCAGCAUUUGGUUUUGUCCAACUCCAGUACAAAUCCGUAUCUGGAUUGUAAACCAUAGUGGCACACAAUAAAGUAUUCAAAAUGCACACAGGUCUUUUUUUUUGGACACCUUCCCAAACAACAGAAAAAGAUAUCUGCAUUCCCAUAAGAAGGCUCAGGACCGGCAUGACUCCUCUCUCCUGGCAUGAACAGUGACGCAGCUACCACCUGGGGAUGCACAGAACUUCAUGGACAGGAGCAACUCUGCAGCGGGCUAGAGCAGAGAAAAGGGUUAACAAGAACAUUCUGUUCCACUUAAGCACAACUCCAUAGGAGCACAGACGGGAAGUUUAAAUCAUAUUGCUAUUGUGCUAUCACGUGCUAUUACAGUUCCCACAGGACUGUACAACAGAUACCAGUAGUUGUGCAUCAGGGAACACCUGGCAGGUUUUCUGCACUCUGGAAGUAACAAGCAUGGGAAGGUUUUCGAAACGGACCUCAAAUUCCAUUCAUCAGCAGAAAAGAGACAAGCGUCAAUUUACUGCAGAGUCCAAACAAGUGAAAUCUGGUUCAGAGCAUAAUUUAAAAUCAAGUUCAAUCACACUCAAACUAUUUCUCACCUAGACUUAAGAGUUUACUGUAUUAGAUGUAAACCAGGCCUGCAGGAGAGAGCAUUUAAGAAACGUUUUUUCCUGGAUUUUAUAGUCAGAUUUUGUCCAUAAGCACUAAUUACAACAAUGCUCACCCCUGGAACUACCAACCUGUCAGUUUCCUCAGUUCAGUUCUUAAGUGCAAUAUUUAAUCUCAGCCCUCACUUCAAAUCCUGUAAUUAAAAUAUGUAUUAGCAUGUAAGCAUGUAAUUUGUACAUCCACUCAUCACCUACUCCUGAACUGCUGUUUAACUACCCUGCUGGAAAACACAGCACUGUUCUGGGCGUUUUCAGCACAGUGACCAGUUCCAGAUUAAUGUGUAGUGUUGUCAGAUCAAACCACCUACACACUUAAACCUGGCUCAUGAAAUGAUAGCAUUAUACAACUUAAGUUCCCUUGACAUUUCCCAGGCAAUUAAAACACCAGUUUCUCCAUGAUUCGCAGUAGCUAAAGGGGCAGGACUAAACAUGUCCUCAACACAAGAACAGCAAUAUCAAUUGCAAAACCUAGACUUCAGGAUAAAAAUUCACCACUUUCCAAUCGUCUCACAAAUCUCAUUUCCUCAUUACCACACCUUCAGUGUUAGUGCCAAUUCCGGCUUCGGACAAGCUCCUACAAGGCAUACAAGGAAAGGAAAGUUGGCAAAACCUUCCCUAGAAAGUGAAGCAAAAAAACACAAACCAAAAGAAAAAAAAAACUCAUAGAAAAACACAUUCCACUCUACAUUUUCGGUUUUACUCCCCACACUAAGAU